ACGAGAAACCUUCUCAUAUUCUCUGUAAGAAGAAGAACUGACCUGCAUUUCAGUUUUUUUUUGGCUAAAAGAAGAAGAUGAGCAUUGUUUGCUUGGAGGAUUCGAUAAUAAUGAAAUUUGUUGAAGACACGAAUGCUUUCAACAAAUGCGUAGACGAGCAUUUCGCGUCGCUGGACGCCAACGGAGACGGUUUCCUAUCCCGAUCGGAACUGGAGAACAGAUCCGGCCGGCUAGGGUUUCCUGAAUUAGAGUUGCAGUCAAGGGAAGAGAUAGCGGGAGGUUACGAUUUGAUAUUUGAGAGAUUCGAUGCGGAACGAACCGGGAAGAUCGAUAGGGAAAAGUUCAGAUCAGUUAUGAAGGAGUUGAUGCUAGCCAAGGCUCGAGGGAUUAGCACCUCGCCUGUUCUCAUCGUUGUUCAAAAAGAUAGCUUGAUUUUCAAGGCGGUUCAACAUGCUGCCUUGCCCAACUAGUAGUAACGUCCUUUUCUCUCUUUUUAUUUUUAUUAUUUUUAUGCUACAUUAUUUCCCCAUUUCCAGUUUUUUAAGUGUUUUUGAAUUUUAGAUAUUGAGUUUAUCGGCCAUCCCUUGUUUUGUUCUUAUUAUAAAAAAAAAACAAUUUGGUGUUAAAGUUAAAAUUACUUACACAGGA